AGAUGGACAUUGAAUCAACCGAGCUUAGGAUACUUGGAGGCACUUUGAGCUGCUGAACCCCUGUACAAUCUCCACCUCGACCUGGCCCGGGCUUGGAUGGUACUGUACCAUUCAGUGCACCUCCCUGCUGUGCCGUGUCUCUCCUGCAGCAAGCGCCUCUACGUAGGUCGAGGUUGCUCACUCUAGCUCUCCCGUUGUGUUCUGUUGCUCCAAUUGCUUAGGUUAAUAUUAAGGCAGCCAACGUUAGUGUGUGCCAACCAGAUGCCGUAUCUCCUUCUCCACGCCCGCGCUGCUCUCUCCUACUUCGUCUCCGUCCGUGGCUUCGUUUCCCGUCCCUUCCUCACAUUAAUUCCACCAGUCUCCCCCUUCAUCCUUCUUUCCCUUUUUCUCCUCACUCUCAACGAUACCCUCACACUCAACCCCCACUGUCGUCAUCGCAGGCCAUUCUGUGAAGUUGUCCUCCUUCACAUUGACCAUCACCUAAACCUCAACCUUCAUCAGCUUCCUCGUCUACUCCGUAGCUACCGCGCAUUCAAGAUGACUGACUGGACAACGGGCAUAAUGCCGCUGCACCAGGUGCACAAGCCUCCUUUCACUAUCGAGGCUCCUGGCUACGAGAAGGUCCCUGGCGAAACCAUUCCUCGACGUCACCCCAAGGCCAAGGACGGCCUCAUCAACUAUCCUGCUCCCGAUGCCAGGACCGUCUUCCAGGUCGUUGAGCGCAGCGCUCGACUCUACCCCAACCAUCAUGCUGUCGGUGCCCGCAAGCUCAUUAACAUGCACACUGAGAAGAAGAAGAUCAAGAAGAACGUCGAUGGCGAGAUCCAGGAAGUCGAGAAGGAGUGGUCCUACUUCGAGUUGACUGGCUUCGAAUACUUGACUUACCAACAGUACCUCCAGCGCGUUCUGCAGAUUGGCUCCGGUCUACGGAAGCUGGGCUUGACCAGUGACGACAAGCUUCAUAUUUUCGGUACCACCAGCAUCGGUUGGAUCUCUACUUCCCACGCAGCUGCCUCACAGUCCAUCUCAAUUGUCACCGCCUACGAUACACUUGGUCCCAGUGGUGUUGAGCACUCUCUCGUUCAGACCGAAUGUAGCGCCAUGUACGUCGAUUCGCAACUCCUCAAGACUGCUUCAGAGCCUAUCAAGAAGUCGUCCGUCAAAACCGUCAUCGUCAACGACCGAACGAUCUUUGCCAAGGGUGGUGAGCUCGAGGCCUUCAGGGCCGAUCAUCCUGAUCUGAAGAUCGUCACUCUCGAGGAACUUCGCCAGCUCGGUGAAGAUAAUCCCGUUGAGCCGAACCCGGCUAAGCCAUCCGACCUUUACUGUAUCAUGUACACUUCUGGUUCCACUGGUCUGCCCAAGGGUGCUUGCAUCACCCACGAAGCUCUUAUUGCUGGAGUCACCAGUUUGUACACCUGUGUCGAAGAAUGCGUUAGCGAUAAGGAAUGUAUUCUUGCCUACUUACCCCUCGCUCAUAUUUUCGAAAUGGCCCUCGAAAACCUCGUUAUGUACAUUGGAGGAACUCUUGGAUACGGAAACCCGCGAACGCUUUCCGAUGCAUCAAUGAAGAAUUGCGCUGGUGAUAUGCGCGAGUUCAAGCCCACUGUCAUGGUUGGCGUUCCCCAAAUUUGGGAGACUGUGAGGAAGGGUAUCACAGCCAAGCUCGAGGCUGCCAGUCCUCUCCUCAAGAACCUCUUCUGGGGCGCCUACAACUGGAAGGCGUUCGCCUCUAAGAACAAGCUGCCUCUGGCGAGCUUAUUUGACAGCAUCGUGUUUGGCAAAGUCCGUGAACUGACGGGUGGUCGUAUGCGCUUCACUAUGAAUGGCGCCAGUGGUAUUUCCGAUGGUACAAAGAACUUCAUUUCGUUGGUCGUUGCUCCCAUGUUGGCUGGUUAUGGCCUCACUGAGACCUGCGCCAAUGGCUCUCUAGGCUGUCCACUUGAGUUCUCCCCCGAUGCCAUUGGUCCUACCCCUUGCGCUUGCGAAGUCAAGCUUGUUGCACUUCCUGAGCUGGGCUACUCAACUGAAGCCAAGGUUCCACAAGGUGAGAUCUGGAUCAAGGGUUUGCCAGUUAUGACUAAAUACUGGAACAAUCCCGAGGAGACAGAAAAGGCCCUUACUCCUGACGGCUGGUUCAAGACUGGUGAUAUCGGAGAAUUCAAUGCUCAGGGUCACCUUCGAGUCUUUGACCGCGUCAAGAAUCUCGUCAAGAUGCAGGGCGGCGAAUACAUCGCCCUUGAGAAACUCGAGUCUGUGUACCGUGGUGUCCAGUCGGUGGCCAACGUUAUGGUCCACGCCGAUCCCGAGCACUCACGCCCUAUUGCCGUUAUCAUGCCGAACGAGAAAGUCUUGCACGAGAAGGCCAAGGAGCUGGGUGUUGAUGAGCACAACCUCCAUACCGUCCACACCAACCCCAAGAUGGUCAGCUUUGUUCUUAAGGAUCUCCAAGGUGCUGCGAAACGUGCUGGUUUGAGCAGUAUUGAGAUCGUCACUGGCGUUUUGAUCACCGACGAAGAGUGGACAUCGGAUAAUGGACUCCUCACCGCUACUCAGAAGCUGAACCGACGCAAGAUCACCGAACACUUCAAGAAGGAUAUCGCUGCCACCCUCAAGAGCACCGGCUCGUGAUUAACGAUUGAAUAGGUGAGAUGAUUUAAUGGUCGAACAUCUGGUUUGAAAGUCGAAAGAAUGGAUACCAAGAGAGAAGAUGGAAAGAUGUGUGUAUCGACUUUUGAUGCGAGUUUGUUUUCAGUGUCUGUAAUUACUUUUGCGGCGUUGGCUUCAUGAUAUCUUGAAGGGAAUUUUGAACGACAAUGGAACUCGGCUCCGGGCCAUUUUAUGGUUGCUCACCAGGUCCUACUCUUUUUCGCCGGGGAUGAUCUGAUGUGAGCUGACAUGUGAUUCUGUAAAUCGAACUUGGCGUGUGAGAACCAUUGGCUGGCAACCAUGGAAAGGUGUUCAAGACGUAGAAUAUUGUAACUCUUUGCCUGGCCUAGU